AUGAGCGGCGACGAAGCCCAGCAGCACAUCUACCAAGUCCACGGACUCGCACUCAACCCAAUCAACUGCGGUGUGUGCGGCUGGACAUUCGGUGCUUUGGGCCGAUACGCUGCGCACCAAUGGCUGCACGUCCUCACUAAACCGUGCACUCAGUGUGGCAUCAACUUCCGCUCCGCACACGACAGGUUUGCUCAUCUGUGUGAGCGCCACAACCUCACCACGGAGAACGCGCACUUGUUCAAGUAA